AUGCAGAUAUAUGUCAAGAUUGCAGGCAGUGGUGGCUCAAGGGCCCAACAUGGUUUGAGCAUUGCAGGUGGGAAUAGGAUCAUUACCGUGGAGGUUCAGAACUCGGAUAUGAUUGGGGAGUGCCUAGAAGAUGUUAAAACUCUGACUCAUUAUAAUAAUAUUCAAGACGAGUCUACUUUGAUUUUCGGGCUAGUUAAGGAGAUAUUCGUCUUGACUGAAAGUGGAGAGACCAUAACACUGGAUGUUGAGAGCUCGGAGACGAUUGAUAAUGUGAAGGAAAAGAUCCACGAAAGGGCGGGAUUUCCAUCGGAUCGAUUUUACCUAUUCUAUAAUGAGGAAUGCGUUGAAGACAUUCAGACUCUGACUCAUUAUAAUAUUCGAGAGAAGUCUACUUUAACUUUGAGGCUACUGAUGCAGAUAUUCGUCAAGACUGAAUGUGGGGAGACCAUAACUCUGGAGGUUGAUAGCUCGGAGACGAUUAGUAAUGUUAAGGACAAGAUUCAGGAAAAGUUGGGCUUUCCACCUGAUGGAUAUAGGCUAUUGUAUCAUGAGAAGCGCCUAAAAGAUGUUAAGACUCUUAGGAGUGACAAGUCUGUGGAUUUUUUCCCUGAAUCACCUGUAAUAGCUUAUGGUCUACAUCUCGUAGUCUAG